GUUUUUUGAUUUGUCGUCUGUCGUGUGAAAUUGGAGGCAAAGCAUCUAAUUUUUGAGAGAUUUAUUUGUCAAGAUUUUUAUUUAAUUUGCCAGAUAAACAAGACUUUAACUGGAAUUUUAAUGUUUAUUUAAUCUUUACAUAGGUUUUUAGUGGUAUGUCUUCCAUUAUUAAGUGUGCUUAUUAGAACCAAAUUCAUGGACGGUUUUAUAGGUUCUUGGUCUUAAUAUUUUGAAUUUCGAAGUAGCCUCAUAAAUUAUCUUCUGGUGGAUGAAUAAUCUGCAAAAUGUCGGGUGAUUCUACUUUUGGCAUUUCUAAUACAGAAGCUGCACUUUCCUCAUCUAAUAAUUCAGAUGAAGCGGACGGAAGCGUUGACGAUCUGUCGCAGAAGACCAAUUCACAGUCAGACCUGUCGGCGGCCGAGGUAGCGAAAUGGAGAGCGGAUAAUGAAAAACGGGUGAAUAAUCUGUUAGCGACCUUGUGGGACAGUAGUUUGGACCAGUCUGUGCCCGAAUGGACGGGCAACAGUCGCGCGUCAAGAUGGCGGCAACCGAGGAACCAAGAUGGCGACGGUGCGGCGAGGUCGAGCGAGCACUUCAACGUGCCCGAGAACGAUUCGAUCGACGCCGUUGAAGAGGAAAUACGCAGUCGUCGACGACCGUUCUCGAACGGCCAACGACGGAAAUCGUCGGCUGCCGACGUGGCCGCUGCGUAUAACGACAACACAACGGACGACGAAAACGUGUAUAAGAAACCGCUCCCGUUCGCCCAACGUCGGCAGACCGCUAGGAAACCGUCAGUUCCCGAUCCGAAUGCUUUCAACGAAACGCACAGUUCCGUAGAGGAGGAGAGACCAGUGAGGCGGACUAGAGGAGGCUUUUCAAAACGACCCAAGUCGAUUCCCAAUCCGGAGUUCUUCGAUUCGGCUACCAUGGAUGAGUCGGUGGUGGUCAAGGCCAAACCUAAGAGGUUCACGAGAUCUGCCAGGCAGGUGACAGAGGCUAAUAUGAAAGCGUUUGAGGUAUCCGAUGACGAAGAGGAAGAUGUUGGAGGAGAAGAUGAGAGAGAAAAAGAAACUAGAGGGGCAGAAGAUAAUAAGGAAGGCAAUAGAGCAACAGAAACAAGAGAAGGAGGAGAAGAUAGAGAAGGAAAAGGAACCACAGAAGAAGACAAGGGAAAAGAAAAUGCAGAACUAGAGGAAGGGAGUGAAUUGGAAGAGGAAGGUAGGGUUGAUAAAGCCGGAGAGGAAUCGAGAAAUUCAAUGGAUGAGUCGGAUGAAUCUGAGGCAGAAGAAGGAGGGGGCAAUAAGAGUGUGUCUCUAGUGAUCCAAUCUGAGGGGGAAGUUGGGGGAGAGGAUUCCCUAGAUGAAGACGUUGACGAGGAGGGAGAAGAAGAGGAGAAACAGGUGGUGGGACGUGCAAAAUCAGGGGUGAAAGGAGAUCAGGAUAAAGUUCAACAAAAAAAUCUCGUGGUUGGUGGAGGUAGCUCCAACGAACAAUCCAGUCUGCUUUUGGAAUACCAUUUGUCAACCGAAAACCAGAGUGUAAGCCACAAUAAAAGCUCGGCGUCUUUGAAGAGCAGUGCUAGUAUGACCAUGGAUAUAACAUUGGCAUCCCGGCGUAGCAGAAGUAGGCGAUUUACACAGCAGCGUUUAGAGAUGGAUAAAACUGGUGAAGGUGAACCGAAUCUGGGGAAGAUUUUGGACGGUUUAGAUGUGAUGAAUAUGUCGGCGAAAAAUUUGUUGGAACCGAUUGAAGGUGAAGUGUUGAGAAUAUCGCCUCUGAAGGAGAUAGCUGUGUCAGUUAAGAACGACCGGUCCUUGAGAAGUCGAAAUAACAGUGUUGUAUCGGAAAAGAAUAACAUAUCUUUGAGGAGCCGUGAUGAUAGUGGUGUUUCAGAUAGGAACAAUAGGUCUUUGAGAAGUGGGAAUAAAUCUAAUAGUGGUGUUUCAAAUGAGAAUAACAAAUCUUUGAGAAGUGGGAAUAAACCGGUGGUAGAAAAAGAACUGAAUAGUUCUGGGAAGUCAGGUAAAAAACGUAGUUCCGUAGCCAAAGAGCUGUUCAGCGAUAGUAGUUCUGGGAAAGAUACGUCUGGAAAUAAUUUAGAUGGUUCUCAGAAUCUGUUAGAUGGCUCCGUACAACCUUUGGACCAACAAGACGAUGGGGAAGUUGAUAGGAGUGAGAGAGAUGUAGGAGCCAAUAGGAGUAGCGCUAACAGUCAAACAGAGAAGAAAGUGGAUGAAGAACUGAAGAAUGGAGAUGGGGAUCUGAUGAAUAUGUCGUUGGCAAGUUUGAGAAAUAGGAUGCGUGGAGAGGCUGAUAGAAGUAAGGUUGAAGAUAAUGGUUCAAAAGAGAAUGGACGAAGAGGGGAGGAUGUCAAUGUGUCUCAAGUAGAGGGUUCAAAAGAAAGUUCCAAGGGUGGUGAUGAUAUUGUGAAUGAUACACAGAGAGGAGAACGGAGGAGAGGUAAGAGGGGGAGAGAAGGUGUUAACAAAAAUGCUACUCCGGAAGAAGAGAAUAGGGGUGAUGUGUCCAUGGAUGUAAUCAAUGAUUCUCAGAGAGAUGAAGGGGGUGUUGGUAACAGGAGUUUACGAAAUAGGAGAGGGAGAAGAGAUGCUAACAAGAGUGUAACUGAAAAAGACAGUGAAAAAGAGAAUGUGGAAAAUGGUGAUGUUUCUAUGAGAGGAAGAGGAGACGCUAACAAUAGUGUAGCUGAGACAGACAGUACAAAAGAGAAAGGGGAAAAUGGUGAUGUUUCUAGGAGAGGAAGAGGAGACGCUAAGAAAAGUGUAGCUGAAAUAGACAGUAUAAAAGAGAAUGUGGAAAAUGGUGAUGUUUCUAGGAGAGGAAGAGGAGACGCUAACAAAAGUGUAACUGAGACAGACAGUUCAAAAGAGAAAAUGGGAAAUGGUGAUGUUUCUAGGAGAGGAAGAGGAGACGCUAACAAAAGUGUAGCUGAAAAAGACAGUUCAAAAGAGAAUGUGAAAAGUGCUGAUGCUUCUAUGGAAGUUGAUAAUGAUAAUUCUAAACUGGAUGAAGUGGAUGGGGUUAACAGAGGUUUGAGAGACAGGUCGGCCGCUAAAAGACUGCUUAACACAUCUGUAAAUGAGGAACAGACUUCGAAACAACGCGGGAAGAGUGCUAUCGAUAGAGAAGGCUCGAAAGAGAAUGGUGAAGAUGUCCCCAAAACUUCUCUGAGAGAAUCAAGUGGUAGAAGUUUGAGGAAUAGAUCACGAACAAAAGGGAAAUCGAACGAAAGUUUGAAUGAGGAUCAGAGUCUUGAUGACUCAAUGAAUUUUUCGGUUCAUGAUUCUCUGGGUUUUGUUACUAAUGCCAAAAAGCGUGCCAGUCUGAAUGUUUCUAAAGGAGAUUUGUCGAUUCAGGAUGAUACUGACUCGCCGAUAGGAGUAAGCAGUAGGAGCUUGAGGGAUAGAUCGAGAAAUAGUAAUGAUAAAGUUUCUCAAGGAAGUGCUGAUUCAGAUGAUGUUAGAAGAAUGGAGAGGUCUUCGAACGGAGUAAGAACGUACACUAGUGAGGAGAUUGUUGGUUUCAAACAAGCCACUCAGGAGAACUCGCUAAUGUACAACAGUUUGGAUUCGAUCCGCGUUGACCCCUUACAACUUCCUCAAACUGACGUCAACGCGUCAGCGAUAGUCAACAACUCGUUGAAUUCCACUAGAGCUGAUCAGAACUCAUCUAACCGAGGUUUAGACGAAAUAAUGCCGGCACCCAGGUCGCUACCGGCGCGUAAACGGCGUUUAGUGGCCCCAACCGGCGGUACACCGUCGUUUUCAUUGGCCGCUCAGAAAAAGAAGAAGAAAACCGCGGAGGGAGAAAGUGACUCGAUUGCUGCUUUGGUGGAGAGAGAGAAGGAGAACAAUCAGCUGGCAGUGAACAGAAAUGGCGAGGUUGUAGCCGCCAAAGUCAACUACAAGUGUCCCAAACUGAAGAAACCUGAGGUGUGGGUGACUCCACGUCUCUACAAAUGGCUGAUUGAGAAGAUAGAACCCCGCUACAAGCUGCGGUCCCGUUUGAGAGCGGAGGAAUUUGUGGAUCUGUUGUGUUCUACGGUGAAAACGGUCAUCAAAAAAGAAGAAAACUACGAGAAGGAGGUUGAGGACCUGAAGUAUGAGAUGGCGCGACUGAAUAUGGUGGAGAACUUGCACGAGUUUUUCAUAUUUAUCUACGAGUAUUUGCCUUGGCGCUUUCAGGAUAAGUCUAUACCUCUACCGCAGUCUUUUAUUACGGGCAAGGUUGUCACCUACGAAAAAGGUACUCUUUAUGAUCCGAUUUUGUAAAAACGUUCUAAAAAAUUCUAUUCACAUGGAUUGUAUAUUAUAGACUACUUAUAUUAUGUUUUACGUCAUUCAUGAAUUUUAUUUGAAAGAAAGUAUUUGCGAAAAUUGUCAGUCAAAUUUCUGGUACAAAAUAAUGAUGAAUUUCUUCUAAAAUAAAAGAAACUGAAUUUUAUUUCUUUCAAACGAAUUCUACAUAUUUAUAUUGUAGUAAGUACCUUCAAUAUAUGAAGAUACCUUCAAAUGUAUGAUCAGAUUUUAGAGGAUUCUCAGAUUGUAUUUUGAAAUAGAAUAAUAGGAUCACAGAAUGUAAAAUAGAUUGAAUCCAAAAUAAGAAUAUGCUAAAACUAGUGCAACCUGAUUUUGAGUUAUGUUGAUAAAUAAUAGCUGAUUUUGUGUAUUUGGAAGUACAGGUUAUUUCUAAAUGAUGGACCCAUUUUCAAAAAUUGGUAUUUAUUAAAAUAAAAAUGCAAAAUGGACAAUCUUUAUACCAUUUGAAAGAGAAAGUUUCAAAGUUUUUUUUUAAUACCUUACAAGUGUUGAAUGUGGUCUCCGGCUGCUGCACGGCAAACAUCUACGCGGUAGCUAAACUCGUCCCACACGCGAGAAAGCGUAUCUGGUGUUAUUGAGUGCACGGCAGCAGUGAUACGGUUCCGCAGAUCGUGCAGCAGCCGGAGACCACAUUCAACACUUGUAAGGUAUUAAAAAAAACUUUGAAGCUUUCUCUUUCCAUCGGUAUAAAGGUUGUCCAUUUUGCAUUCUUACUUUAAUAAAUACCAAUUUUUGAAAAUGGGUCCAUCAUUUAGAAAGACCUUGUAAAAACAUAGGAUCAGAGAUUGUAGAAUACGGUAUAUUGAAUUUAAAAUCAGAAUUUAGUAAAAACUAGUGGCAUCUGAUUUUGUAAAGAUCAUUGGGAGAAAAAAUGUUGGAAAGAACACAAUUUUAGUAUUCUAUGUUUAUAAAAUGUUGAAAAUUUAUAGAUUGCAUAGAAUUCCAACAUACUUUAUGCUCUAUGAUGUUACAAGUGGUCUCCAGUUUUAGUGGAUUUACCACUCUUUAUUUAUAGGCGUGCUUAGAGGAUUUUGUAUUUCUCGUUCAUAUGCUUAUGAUUUUCUGUAGUGUUACUUCAAAAAUACUCAAAUUGUUUCUCAAAUUAAAGUAUGGAAACUAUAAUCGUAUUUUAUUACUUUUCUCGUAGAAUACUGAGAGUGCUUUUCUAUUUAGCUUUUAUACUAAUCUACCGUAUUCAGACAUGUACAAAAUUCUAAUUUUAUAUAUUUCAUACUGAAUAUAUCAAGCUGACUUGAAUUUAUUUGCCAAAAACAAAAUACAAAAAAGCUUUACAAAAAAAUAAAUUUAAGUAUAUGCUACUGCACUUAAACCAAGAUACAUACAUUUAUUUAAUUAGAUAUAAUAACGAAAUGAUAUCCUUAUUCAUGAUAUUAUAAAUAAUAGUUAUAAAAUGAAGAUUUAAUUUAUGUUCACAUGCAUAAGUACAGUAGGUGAGGCAAAAACACCGGCAAAAGGAAGAUUCCUUGUGCGCCAGUGUGAGUCGUAAAUCAGUUUAAUCAGGGAUUUAAUAUAUAAACUUGAAUUUGGCGUAUGAAGUGUUCGAAAAUGUAAUUUAUAAUAUGAAAUUGAUUAUUAUUUAAAAGUCAACGAUUGGAAAUAAUUCAAGUUCAGCCAUGCCUCUAUGGCUUAUUAAUUUAGAAUGUUGUGUUUGUAAUUUAGCUUAGAAAAUU